AUGCCCUCUCUCAAAGAGCUCGAGAGCCAAAUCAACUUGGACGACAUCGACUUCUCCGACUUGGAGGCCAAGUACGCCGUCAGCGCCGACUUGGGUUCCGAAAACUACGUCGUCGUCGACGGUGCCCCUAAAGCUCCAGCCUCCAAAGCACCUUUGUUGGAAAAGGUCUUGCGCAAGUUCUUGAGCAAGGCCGGCGAGGUUUUGGAAGGCGAGGCCGGUAUCUAUCUCCCUGUUGAAGACAACAUGACCAAGGGUUUCCUCUUUGCUCAGUACAAGACCGCCGAGAUGGCCUCUGCUGCUGUAUCCCAACUCAACGGAAAGCCUUUGGACGCCAAGCACAGAUUGUAUGUGAACAAGAUCUCGGACAUCGAGAAGUACUGUAGUGAGGGUAGCGUUCCUCUGUCGUUUGUGGAGCCAGAGAUUCCUCCAAUGGAGUCUCACGGCUACUUGAAGUCGUGGUUGAUGGACGAGAGUGGCCGCGACCAGGUCGCCUUGCACUUCUCCGAGAGCGUUGGUGUUUACUGGAGCAACAAGAAGAACGAGCCCAAGGCCGUUUUCGAGCCUCGCAAGGGUUUCACCUCCAAGUACGCCAAGUUCUCGCCCAAGGGUACUUACAUGUUCUCCAUCCAUCCUCAGGGUAUUCAAUCGUGGGGUGGUGAGAACUUUGAGCGCAUCAACAAGUUUGUUCACCCACAGGUUCGUUUGAUCGACUUCUCGCCAAACGAGAAGUACAUGGUCACCUUGGCCCCUACCCCAAUCGAGCGUCCUACCACCGCCGAGGAAUUGAAGGACUUCCCAUUCGGUCCUGAGUCUGAGGGCCACAAGUUGGUCAUUUGGGACUUGCUUACCGGUGAGCCCGUCAGAACUUUCGCUUUGCCACCACACUUGGAGGGCCUGAAGGAGAUGCCAUGGCCUUUGGUCAAGUGGUCUUUCGACGACAAGUACUGUUGUCGUCAAGGUCCUGAUGCUUUGGCCAUCUACGAGACUCCUUCGUUCCAAUUGUUGGAGAAGAAGUUGGUCAAGAUCGAGGGUAUUGUGGACUUCGAGUGGGCCCCAGCCGGUGUCAAGCUUUCUGGUUCCCGUGUCGAGGGCGGUGAGCAUGUAUUGUCUUACUGGACCCCAGAAACCACCAACCAGACCGCCAGAGUUGCAUUGAUGCAAAUUCCAUCCAGAAAGGUCAUCAGAACCAUCAACGUGUUCCAGGUCAGUGACGUCAAGAUGCACUGGCAAGACCAAGCAGACAUGUUGUGUGUCAAGGUCGACCGUCACACCAAGUCCGGAAAGACCUUCUUCUCCAACUUGGAGUUCUUCAGAACUACCGAGAGAGACGUGCCUGUCGAGAAGUUGGAGUUGAAGGAGGUUUGUAUCAACUUCGCCUGGGAACCAAAGUCUGAGAAGUUCAUUAUCAUCUCCAGAUUGGAUGACGGUAACAACAACCCAGCUAUUCCAAGAAACAACAUUUCUUUCUACGUCCGUGAGGCUCCUACCAAGGGUAAAGCCGUCAAGUUCAAGGUUUUGAGUAACGUUGAAAACAAGCACACCAACACUAUCUACUGGUCUCCUUUCGGCAGAUACGCUGUCACCGCUACCAUUGCUAAGUCUUCUGGUGAGUUGGACUUCUACGACACCCAAUUCGAGAACGAGAAGAACCCUAAGCUCUCUGAGGUCAAAUUGUUGAAGAACGAGAAGUUUGGCGGUAUGACCAACAUCUCCUGGGACCCAUCUGGAAGAUUCCUUGCUGCUUGGUCUACCUCCUGGGUGCACUCCAUCGAGAACGGUUACAAGUUGUACGACUUCACUGGUAACUUGUUGCUCGACGAGACCGUUGAGCAGUUCAAGGACUUGAUCUGGAGACCAAGACCUGCAACCUUGCUCACCUCUGCAGACAUCAAGUCUGUCAAGAAGAGAAUCCGUGAGUACAGCGCUCAAUUCGACGAGAUCGAUGCUAUGGAGGCAGAUGCUGCCACCAGAGAUGCUAUCUUGUUGCGUCACAAGUUGUUGGAAGAGUGGAAGGAGUACAGAUCCAAGUACGCUACCCACGAAUCCAAGGAGCAGGAUGUGGAGGCCGAGAUUGUGGAGGAGAUCAAGGAGGAGAUCAUCGAAGAGAAGGAGGAGAUUGUGGAGUAA